ACAUAGUGCAUAAUCUCCUUUUUAAGCUUGACAAAGGCCGCCAUCACUCGAAUUUCUCUCUUUUCCUCCAUACUCAGAGCUCCUUCGCAUCAUCAAACAUGGCGAAGCAAUUGACCCAAAAAGAGGCUGAUAUCCAGAUGAUGUUAGCUGCCCAUGUUCAUCUUGGUACCAAAAACUGUGACUUUCAGAUGGAACGUUACGUCUACAAGCGCCGUUCUGAUGGUAUUCACAUCAUAAACCUUGCUAAGACAUGGGAAAAGCUUCAAAUGGCUGCUAGGGUUAUUGUAGCAAUUGAAAACCCACAGGACAUCAUUGUUCAAUCUGCUAGACCAUAUGGUCAGAGGGCUGUUCUUAAGUUUGCUCAGUACACUGGAGCUCACGCAAUUGCCGGAAGGCACACACCUGGUACAUUCACUAACCAGCUUCAGACCUCUUUCAGCGAGCCUCGUCUUCUGAUCCUAACUGACCCCAGGACUGAUCAUCAGCCUAUUAAGGAAGCUGCCCUUGGAAACAUUCCCACAAUUGCCUUCUGUGACACUGAUUCUCCCAUGCGUUACGUGGAUAUUGGUAUCCCUGCUAACAACAAAGGAAAACACAGCAUCGGUUGUUUGUUCUGGCUUUUGGCUCGUAUGGUGUUGCAGAUGCGUGGAACCCUUCGUCCAGGGCACAGCUGGGAUGUUAUGGUUGAUCUAUUUUUCUUCAGAGAAGCUGAAGAUACCAAGGAUCAAGAAGAGGAAGAAAUUGCUGCUGUUACAGAUUUUGGAAACAUCGAGUAUGGUGGCGGUGCAAUGGCUGCUCUUGGAUCUGAUCAAUGGGCUGCACUACCCGACCAUUGGGGGGCCACCCCUGAAGUCGCUGCUGCUCCAGCUGUGGCUCCAGUUGCUGGUGCUGACUGGACUGCAGCAGCAGCUCCAGCUGCUGAUCAUGGUUGGGAUGAGGUUGUUCCACCACCAAUGGCAGGAGCUCCUAUUAUCAGCUCAGAUGCUCCACCGGCAGCCACUGGCUGGGAGUAAGAAAUCCGCCCUGUUGGGUUUUAGAAUUUUUGUGUAUCAGAAACUGUUGGGAAAGCCAAAUUAUGGGACGGAGCUUUAGCUUUAAGAUGAGUUUAGAUGUAGAUGCUUAGUUCAAGGGCAAAUCUUAUUGUUUUUUUUUUCCGAAAUCUUUUUGCUCUACUUUGUGUGAAAUAUUGGGUUCCAAAAUUUCAGCAGAUAGUAUUAUGCUUUAUAUUAUCUUCCUGAUUGUCUUA